GAUUUGAGUUAGUUGAAUUGGUGGUUGAGGAUGAUUUGACAGGCAGACCACCACACGCAAGGGGAAAAGGGGUCUGAGAGCUUACGAUCUGCUGAUACUGAUGUCCAAGUCCAUCCAAACUAUGAAGGGGAUACAAAUAGGAAUUUCACAUUGUGCCAGUACCUAUUGGUUCUCUCUAUGAGAACAUCGGAACUAGCACAGCUAUUUUCUCUCCUUCUGCUGGUGAAAGGUUGCCUUUUGAUGCAAUGGCUCUGGAUGAAAAGCAGUUGAAACGAGAGAAAAGAAAACAGGCCAACAGAGAAUCUGCAAGGAGAUCUAGGAUGAGGAAGCAGACUGAAUAUGAGGAGCUGGUCAAAAGUUGUGAUUCUUUAAGCACAGAACAGAUGGACCUUAAAUCUGAACUAGAUCAAGUGAAAGUGGCAGCGGAAAAACUGAGGCUUGAAAAUGCUGCAUUAAAGGAGCAGCUGAAAAACGCACAGAUACUGCAGGAAGGAGGGAAUGGUUCCCCUAAGACUGAAGGCAACGUCACCCUGCCAAAUGAUGGUAAGGACAUACUUAGCAAUUUGGGUACCGUAAACAGUAACGCUCAGCUGGACUGCGAGACACAUGAAACUUCUAACUCUGAAACAAUUACCCGGCUCAAUCAGUUGUUGGAAUCAAGUUCUAGGACUGACGCUGUUGCUGCUAGAUGAUCAUGAAGCGGUAUCUGCCUGUAGGCGUACAUGGACACCUGAUUUAAUUUUUCAGUUUUGACAGUGAACUGGAAGGCAAAUUAACUUAAUUUUCACUUACGACUAGCAGGCUGCAGACUGGAAUUUUGUAGCUGGACAGUGACAAAUAGCCAUUGCUCACUAGAUUGCCUUCUUUCAUUUUAGGUUUUCCUGGAAAAUGUACCUGUAUGGAUAGGCUAGGCAGAGAAUGGCAUCUCUGUAGCCAGAGGAUUAGGUAGGAUUGAAAAGUACCAAGAUAUAUGUAAUUCUGCAGACCUUAUUUAGUUAAGUUAUGACUUAUGUGAUACGUUUAGCUUU